GCCCAACAUUAUCACUGGAUUCUUCAAGUAGUUGUCGGCUGUUGGUGUCAUCACCGGAGUUCUUCACGAAGUCAACCUAAAUCCAUACCUGCAUCUCCAAAUUUGAAGUUCCAAAUCUGAAGCAAGGAAGGGGAUCAUCUCUCUGCAAUUUUAAACUUUAACAUGGUAUUUACAUACUCUAAAAGGUUAUGUCCGUAACAAAGCACGACCCAAAGGUUCAAUAGUUAAAGGUUACAUUUUAGAAGAAUGUAUGACGUUCUGCUCAAGAUACUUGAAAGAGUCACAGAGAGGAAACUUUUUAGAUGGAGAGAAACUUUGUUGGCACGGGUGAGGAACAAUAUCAGGAUAUAUCGAUCUUCAAAACAAGUGUGGGUUGAAGAACACAUGGAUGAUCCCGUGAGACAAAGUUCUAGGAAUGUAGAGAAGAGGCACCAAGAGCAAUUCGCCACUUGGUUUGAAAAGCGUGUUACUCAAUUACGCAAGGACAAGGAUGAAGGUGCACAUGAUCAAUUGUUUUCAUUGGCUCGAGGACCGGAUAGACGUGUUACAUUUUAUAAAGGAUAUAUCACGAAGGGGUUUAGAUUCCAUACAAAAGAAAGUGAGUUGUCUUUAAGAUCCCAAAAUAGUGGUGUUAUUGUCAAAGGUGAUGAACUCAUAGGUAGUGUUGAUUACUAUGGUGUCAUAAAGGAUAUCAUUGAACUUGAAUAUUUGGGAGAAAAUAGAGUUGUGCUAUACAGAUGUGAUUGGUUUGAUGUUCUACCACAAGGUAGGAAUUAAACUAGGGGAUAUAAUAGAGAUGACUUCGGAUUUAUCACUCUUGAUAUGACUCGUAUUUGCUAUCAAAAUAAGCCUUUUGUUCUAGUGAGUCAAGCUGAUCAAGUAUAUUAUGUGAAAGGAAUAAAAAACUCGAGUUGGCAUACUGUGGUUAAGGUAAAACCUCAAAAUUUGUAUGAUGUGCCUGAAUUAGAGAAGGGAGGGGAAGACAACAACAUUGAGACGCUCUACGAGCCAUACAAACAUAAUGAAUUGGCAAGCACAAUGGAUAUUUCAAGUUGUUCUACUGCCUUCACUGAAGACGUGAUUGAUUUGCAAAGAAAUGAUAUGGAGGGAUCAAGCAUCAUGGAAAUACUUUAAGUGGACAAGAAGAUGGUGAUGAAAGUAUUAUGAUACUGACUCUUCAAGUAAUGAUGUUGAGAUUGCUAUAGUGGAUGAUGAGUAAGGUAUAUGAGUAAAAACUUUAUGGUAACUUUGUUAAGUAUUUUCGGUCUUUUCUUGGCAAUUGAUAGUCUUUUUUUCGACACUUUGUGUUUAAAGUAGCAUAGUUUCCGGAUGCUAGAGUCUUAUUAACUUUGUAUAUUUUUAAUUUGUAGAGAAGAGUGGUGAGAAAAUUAUUUGGGUCUGAUCAUGUGUGUAAAAGAAGCUUGGGAUCAUCUUUGAGAACUUAUAUUGUAAAAAGUUAGAAGAGUGCUAGGCUUUUAAUAAUGAGAGAGUGCUCCAACGUUUUUGUUAUAGAAUUAUGACAUUUUUCUGUGAAGAAAUAAUGGUAUUGUAAAUUUGGCAAUGCUUGUGAUGGUCUUUG